GUGUCCCCCCCCUGGUAAAAACUAAAGGCGCCGCGGGCGCCGCACUAUUUAUUUAUGCUUUGCAUUUGUAUUGAUUAAUUUAAUGAUCUAUUUUCAGAUGAGUAAACAACAAGAGUUUCAGUUUCAUGUAAUUGAGUUAUUGGAACCUUCAUACAUAGAUCCUGAAAAAUAUGUUUGCAUUCCGAAUUCUUGGAUAAGGUUACGUGAAACAUCAGAUGGUCCAGCUCUUGUUGAAUUUCCCGUUGAAGAAUUAUCAGAAAUAAAGAAACUUGUUGAGAAACAAGAAUUCUCAGAAAACGGGACAGUUUUUUUGGCUAAUAUAAAAUACAGUACAAACUCCUAUAAAGACGCAAGCAACUAUAUCAAGAUACUGAAUAAAAUAUUUGAUCAAGAGCAGAGCAGCAUGAAGAUAGUUGAAGAUGUACCAUCAACAUCGUACAAUAAAGUAUUUGAAUCACAAUCAAGCUCAGAAACAAACAAAGUCCAUACAACUUUAACUCUAAACAGUGAUCCGGAACCAGUGAGUAAAGAAAUACCAAAGCAACUAGACGUGUCUAAUACUGAGGUAAGAAUGGGCCAAAAGAAAACUAAAGUUGGAACUGCUGUUUCUUCUGCAAAGAACCCUCCAGAGUUAAUGAAAAAAUGGCAAAUUAUCAUAGCUCUACGGUCAGUCUUUGGUGAUAACUUCAAAGAAACAUUGGAACAACUUCAUAGUGAUUUUGAAAAAAACCAAUUAGUAUUAGAGAAAAUGCUGCUUACGUUUAUGAACAAUUGUAAAAUCAUAAAAGAAUUGAUUGAGCUAACAAAUGAAGUCAGUAAUACUGAUAUUAGUGAUCUAGAUACUGCAGUCAAAGAGUUAGAAAAUAGUAUGAUGGACGUAAAUAUAAAUGAAAACGAUUCAGAUAAAGCAACCGGAUCAAAAGUACAAAAUGAUACUCAAAAAAAGGAAGAAGAGAAACACAACAGUGACGGUACUGAAGUUAAAAAUAAUAAUCCACUGAAUAAGAUCCGUGGCCAAGCGCGCAAGUUUACUUUACCACCAGAGUACGAUCCAAAUGACUCAAAAUGGACCCUAAAGCAUCGGGAGAAGAAAAUUGGCCUCGUUGAACUCCUACCACGUUCACGGGUGUACAUAGACGCCAUUCAACUAAGCAAUAUUAAAAUAACGUCGAAAGACAGCAAAACCCUUGCACGAAAGUUGUUACUAGAAAUUUUUACAGAGAAUGCAUUAAGUAUAUGUUCUCUAACUGGAAAAAAAGCCAAUGCAUUUGACUUGGAGGGAACAAGUGUAAGGCCCGGUCUAGAUGAACAUGCAAGAACCGUUUUAUUGGACUAUGUUAAAAAGCAUGCGGCUGAACAAAAUUGGGUUGAAUUUGAUUCACAGCUGAUUUUGAACACUAUUCGUAACAAAAUGCAAGAAAUAAGAGGCAAACAUCAAAAUACUGUCAAAAAAUAAUUAGGCUGUAAGAAAAUAUUGCUGGCGUGAUCAUUCUGGUGAUAGCUGAACAGAUUGAUAAUAAACGAAAGAAAUGUAAGCUAAAAGAAGAUGUGCUAUAAACCGCUUGUGAAUGUCAAUUUACCUGAUAUAAAAUUGGCCAGAUCAAGCCUUAUCAAUUUGAUAUGUCUAUGUCAGACUUGAUAUAGCUUGAUAUGGUCAUAUUAUUUAA